AAUAAUUUCAACGCAACACAGCCAAAUCGAAAUAAAUGUGAAAUACCUACGACUUUGCGAGCUCACAGUUAAACCAAAUACCAACGUUCAGAAAUUCCUCAAUUCUUCCAUUCUUCCUCCUCAAUUUAACGGUUUUCCCUUUUUACAAAUCUAAUCUACGAAAUCAACAAUCUGAUUUCUUCAAUUAGCAGCAUUAAAUUCUCCCCUUUACCCUUUCGUUGCGAAAAUUGGAAAUAAAUUGCAUGAAAUUAGAGAAUUCAUAACUUCCAGAUGGCACCAAAGAGAAAAAGGAACUGUGAAGGUGGGGGAAAAGAUUUGAUUCGGGCUAACUGGUCCAAAGAAAAUCUACACCUAUUUUGUGAUUUGUGUAUCAAAUAUGCUGAAAUGGGAAAGGGGAAAGGUGGUGCGAUAUGUCGAAGAAUGCCAUGGAAGACUCUAGAAGUAGAGUUUCGACUAAGGACGAACUUAGCUUAUGAGAAAAACAAACUUAAAAACAAGUGGGAUUGGAUGAGAAGUAGAUGGAGCCUUUGGAAAGCACUGAAAGGAGAAGAAACGGGAUUAGGCUGGGAUCAUGAAAAAGGAACUAUAAGCGCUAGUGAGGACUGGUGGAAGAAAAAGAUUGAGGAAAAUAUGCAUUUCAAAGCAUUUAAAGAUGAAGGGAUUGAACCCGAACUUGAAAACAAGAUGGAACAACUAUUUGGAGUUUUAGUUGAUCAAAGAGUGCAUAAUAAGCCUAGUUCGGUUGUUGAUUGUUCCCAACACGUCGAAUGUGAGAAGGACACCGUUCCCGUCCCUUCUCCACCUCCGAGUUUGAAUGUUGGUGAUGCAUCAUAUGAGUGCGAUGAUGAAAUAAGUGAGAAUAAUGCCUUUGACCCGAACCAAGCUAAUACGGAACAACAAGAACAACUUCGGAAUGAUCAUCAUAGUCCAAUUCCUUCUCCCGUUCCUUUACGUUGUUGUGGACACGGGUUUGAGAAUGACGCUUCUGAAAGUCAGAAGAGCUGUAAAACUGAACUUGUUGUUACUGAGAGGAAUGUUAGGGUUAUGGAGUUGAUGAAUAACGAAGCACGUAAAUUGGUUGAUUCUUCUCAUACACUUGUUGAAUCUAUAGCGAAGUUAGUGUCAAUUCCUGGUUUAAUCCAUGGUAGCCCUGAAUUCUGUUUUGCUUGCACUUUGAUCGAGGAUCCACAAAAGAGGACGAUUCUUCAUGGAAUACCGGAUGAUUACUCGAGACUUCAAUGGAUAAAGUUCUUGUACGGAGAGCAUAGGAAAAUAUAAACACAUCCAUAAUUCUUUUUUUUUUCUAAUUAGUGUUAAGCAAAUAUGACAUAUAUAUAGACUGGUGAAGAAUGAAAUCCAGUAUUGUUUUAGCUCAAUUAAGAGCUGCAGUAGUUAUGUUUACAAUUAGCUCGUCUAAAUUUUAGAUUGUAAAUCAGAUGUAGAAGACUAAUUUUCAGUAUGUUCGUCUCACUUAUAAAGUAUAGUUUGAUUGUCAAAUGCAAUUUAAUUGAAUUGCAUUGUAAAUAGUUC